UGAUAGAAUCAGAAUACUUUCAAACACUUUGCUGUUCUCAGAAAUGAUGUAGUCAUGGUGCACCGUCUAAAACGCUCAUAUGUCGUCGCUUAUUAGUCAUGCGGAAAGCCAUGGUGAAUUGAAGCUUGGAUGUUUUGGCUUCCUGACUUCACAACCUCGUAGUGCUCAGAGACGACUUAACCUGCAUGCAACGACCUCCCCUCCUUGCCAUUGCAGCAUGGCGCACAAUCAACCAACCUACGACUUCCUCACCGGCGGCGAGAGCGUGUCCACUCGCCAGCCCCUACGCGAAACAUUCAGACAAUCGACAGCCCCCAAAGCCGACGUAAACAAUGAGAACCUCCGCACCCAACUCCACACCCUGCAAUACGAGCUCGACGCGCUGAAGCAGGAACGCGAACUCGUCGUCCUCCAACACGCAGGCGAGCUCCGCGACGUGCAAACGCGCGCAGAAAGGGAUUUCAAGCGCGCGCAAGCGGCCGAAGCGGCGCGCGAUGCUGCGGUCAAGAAGGCGGAUGGCUUGUCGAGGGAUUGGCAGGAGAGGGAAGAUCGGGCUUCGAAUGAGAAGGCGGCGUUGGAGAAGAGGGUGCGCGGACUGCAGGAUGAGCACCGGAAUGCGAGGGAGGAGUUGGAGGAGGCGCAGGUGGAGUUGUCGUCGCAGGAGCGCCGGAGUCGGCAUGCGUUUGAGGAGCUCGAGCAGAAGUAUGCUACUUUGCGGGCUUCGGUGGAGGGUAUUCAGCUUGAUCUUGAGGGGAAGGUGAAUGCUUUGCAGAGUGCGCAGCAGCGGCAUGCGCAGAAGGAGGCGGAGGCUAGUGAGCUUGAGAAUGAGGUCUUGCGGUUGAAGGCGCAGGCUGGCGAUGUGGAUACUCUGGUGGUUAUCAAGAAGGAGCUGUCGGAGCAAGUGGCGCAUAUCAAGAAGCUGGAAGUCACCAAUCGCGAGCAAUCGAGUGAGCUGAAGACGCUCAAGAAAGCGCAGAAGAGGGUUGAGGUGGUGGAGGAGGAGAAGCAUACGUUGGAGGCGAAACUACGGAUCAUGGAUGAUCUACGGAAAGAGCUCUCCGAAACACAGCUACAGAAGAGGAUUCUGGAAGACGAGAAGAGGAGCUGGACGAGCUAUCUAGAGAACCAGGCGGGUGGAAAGGAGGAUCUGAAGUACGACACGCCCGAAGACAUGGCGAAGGCUUUCUUGCGCGAGCGUCUGGAGAGGAUCAACCUGGUGGACAAGCUUGGUGCCAUCCAGCCGGAGCUUGCAGCCAAGGAAGACGAGCUGCAACGUCUGCAGGCCGAGUUGGCUCAACAGCGCACUGCUGCAGCGGCAGUCCCAGCCCAAAUCACAGCACCAACAGAUAGCAAAGCUCGUGCCCGUCUGGAACGACAGAAGAACCUGGCCAUCAAGGAGGUGGAGUACCUGCGGGCGCAGAUGAAGACAUUCGAAGCCGAGGAGGCCGAAUUCAACCCUGAGCUCGCGGACGAGGAGCGUAUGAAGCGAGUACACGAUCUCGAAGCGAUCGUCGAGCAAUACCGAGCGGAAGUGGAGCAGUUGCAGGGUGAACUAGCCCAAGUGGAAGUGCAGCCUGCUAGUGUACCCUCUGUCAAGAAGCGUGGGCGAGAAGAUGACGAAGAAGAGGAAGCGGGCGAGCGACUAGGUGAUAUGCGGCGGAAGAUGCGCAGCCUGCAGACCGAUCUCGACAGCAUGCAGACUCGCAACCAGCUGCUAGAGGCGGAGCUGAAGGCGAGCGUCUCCCAAAUCACCUCACUGACCGAGUCUUCACGCACUCGUGUCCUUGAGUUCCGGAACAACCCGACAGCAGAAGCGGAAGCAAUCAAGAUGGCCACCCUCAAAGCCUUACGCGAGGAAAACCAAGUCUUGACCGAGCAACUGGAAGGCCGGCAACCUCGAACGAAAGUCGUCCCCAUCAGCACACUCGAGAACGUGCGCCUUCAGCUGGAAGAAAGCAAGCAACAAUUCACGCAAAACGAAAAGAAAACACUGCGCCUCAAGCAGAUCUGGAACAGCAAAUCGCUCGAGUUCCGCGAAGCAGUCUGCUCCAUCCUCGGCUGGAAGCUGGACUUUAUGCCGAACGGCCGCGUUAAGGCGUCGUCUAUCCUCUACCCUUCAUCCAUCCAUGAUGGCGAGGAGCAGGAGAACAGCAUUGUGUUUGAUGGCGAGAAUGGAACGAUGAAGGUCAGUGGGGGCCCGCAGAGUGCUUUUGCGGGUGAGAUCAAGGAGUUGAUUGAGUUCUGGGUGGAGGGGAGGAAGGAGAUUCCGUGCUUCCUUGCGGCGUGUACGCUUGAGUUUUAUGAUAGGAGCACGAGGGCGGCGAGGAUGUAAGGUUGCGGGCUGUGUCCAUACAGUAGUGCGUCGGCCUAGAUGUCAUUGGAUGAGAGGCACUGUUGCCUUCAGAAGAGGGGAAGGCGGCGUCUCCGCUGCUCGCAUUCAGUACAGUGGCGAAUAGAAAAGACGUGAAUCACCC